AUGGAGGAAAAUCCAAAGGGGAAGGUGAAUGAAGAGAAGGAAGGGGAAGUUAGAUACAGAGGCGUAAGGAGAAGGCCGUGGGGAAAAUAUGCAGCUGAGAUUCGGGAUUCGAAUAGGCAAGGAGUCCGGGUGUGGCUUGGGACUUUUGCAACAGCAGAGGAAGCAGCAAGAGCUUAUGAUCGAGCCGCGCAUGCAAUGAGAGGUCAUCUAGCAGUUCUCAACUUCCCCGACGAAUAUCCCCCUUCAUCAUCGUCAUCAUCAGCUUUGUCGUCAUCAUCAUUGGCAUCGUCCUCCUCCUCUUCCAUGGUUGAGAAUGUGGAGGGCAGAAGAGAAGUUUUCGAAUUUGAAUACUUGGAUGAUAAGUUGUUAGAGGAUCUUCUUGAGUAUGGGGAGAAGAAAAAUAAUGAUUGA